AUGGAUACAAUUCUGUUCUUUAGCCUGAUUUUUGCAUCCUAUGAUGCCAAUCAGAAAGAACUCAAAGGCAGUAGCUGUCAAGUGGAGCAGCUUCCUGGAUUAUUCCCAAGAGACAUGAGAAGCAUCAAGGUGCUGCUGAUACAAGAAGCCCAGGGUGAAGCCAAAAGGGAAUCAUCAGGCCAUAACCAAAUAGUGGCUAACCUGCAGUGUCUUGGCUCAGGGGAAAAAGUGAUAGUAAAUCUUCAGGAUUCAGAGAAAAGGCCAAAGACCAGGUAUACCUUGAAAAGCCUGAGCGUCAUCACUGCUCCAUCACAGGACAACACCAGUAGGCUGCGCUGUUACUUAUCUACAGCACCCAAAAUGUGGUUCCAGGGUGGACACCAUCUUACAGUCCAAGUGUUCUUACCUAAUAUCUCCAACUGUAAGUUCUACCCAGUGGUAGAGAACUCAGCAGAGGCAUUGCCUGCAACCACUAUCAUCACUACCACUCCAGAAGAUAAAGAAGAGGAGAACCCGACUAUAACUGACAUAGGUGAAGAUCUACUUGUGAGGCAGAAAUGGAGCAUCGUGAUCAAGGCCCUGAUUGCCAUCACUCUGCUGAUCAGUGGAGUAGCCAUAACAGUGUUUGUCAUUUUUGAAGUCCCUUGCCCAAGUAAAUGUCACAGAGCAGGGAAUUUGUGCCAAUGUCCACAGUGGAGAAGACAGAAGGAAGAAGGUGCUGUCGGAAGGCCCCUGCCUGGGGCAGCUGGAGCUCCAAUUACAGGAAAGCCUGAGAAGGAAAGUUGUGUUGGGCCCAGGACAGAGGUUUCCAACUCUUCUUCUCCAAAAAUGGCAGCUGAGAUCAUUAUUAUUCACCAGACAUACUUCUGA